AUGCCACAGCACCUACCGCCGCAUUCCCAGGGGUCCUGUCCCAGUGACCCUCCGGACCGUUUAUCUCAACAACAGGUCUCCCAAUCGUUACUGACAGAUGGCAGGCUGGCGCUGUGUGGAGCCUUGGCACAGCUGCAGCUCCAACCGUCUCCACCACUGGCAGUGGAACGACCCCGGCCAGGUGCCGCCGCUACUACUAGUCGUCUGGGUCAUCCAGUGCCGGUGGAUCGACUGGGUAAUGAUGACGAUGCCGCCGGUCGACUGGGUGCCAAUCGCCAAGUGAACACCGGUUGUGUAGGUACUACUACUGGAGGAUCAGCGUUACCUCCUGACACGGUCCCGUCAUCCGACGUCGUCAGGCUCAUCGAAAUUCUGCUCCGAACCGCCCGAGCUGGUUCAGGUUCCGAACCACCCUCUCCCGAGGCUGCACAAGCUGCAGCGGCAACUCCUGUAGUCCGCGCUACAGACACUGCAGGAUCCGGCGCCGAGCAGGCGGAUGUAGCAGCUGCAUUUACCGCCGCCUGCCGCAUUGCUGCUACAACAGCAUCCCGUGCUAAAGUGACGCUGGGAGGGCAGCGAGGGCGGGAUUGGCUGCAUCCCCUUCCAAUGUCCCAAUCUGCCACGAGACGAAAAAGAAAGGAAAACACUGCAACAGAAGGAACAGCACGAAGAGGAGGAGGAGGGGGAGGAGGAGGAGGAGGAGGAGGAGGAGGAGGAGGAGGAGGAGGAGGAGGAGGAGGAGGAGGAGGAGGAGGAGGAGAGGAGGAGGAGGAGGAGGAGGAGGAGGAGGAGGAGGAGGAGGAGGAGGAGGAGGAGGAGGAGGAGGAGGAGGAGGAGGAGGAGGAGGAGGAGGAGAAGGAGGAGGAGGAGGAGAAGGAGGAGAAGGAGGAAAAUCAGCAGCUGCAGGAGCAGGAGCUGCAGCAUGUAACUGAUUCAGGAACAUGUAACCAGCAGGGACAGGAUCAGGAACAGGGACAGGAGGAGGAGCAGGAGGAGGAGGACCAAAAGGAGCAGGAGCAGGAGAAGCAGACUCAGGCUAAGCAGGCUCAGGAGAAGCAGCGGAAGCAGCAGCGGGACGCGGUGGCAGUGGGAAUAGUUGGCAUGAUCAAGAACCUCGCAGUUGCUGCUGCUAGCCUGCUGCCUCCCCACCAGCAGCACACCGCACUCCUACCCCUGCUCCCUCUGCUGCCGAACCUGCAAGUUGCGCCAGCUCUGCCGAGGCAGGAUCUGCCGACCCAGAAUUUGCAGGAUGUCUCCUCCCCCAUAGCCUUCACGUGCCCUGAGCCAGGCUGCCAGCACAACGAGCACCACGCUCGCUUCCGCCCACUCAAGUCCCUCUCCUCGCUGCACACCCACCACCUCCGCGUCCAUGGUAAAUUCCUGCGCCCUCCAAUCCGACCUGCAAGCCCACGAGAAACAGUGCGGUGUGAAGAGGAGGCACUGCUCAUCAAGUCCUUCGGCCUCCAAUCUGACCUGCGGGCCCACGAGAAACAGUGCGGUGUAAAGCGGUGGCACUGCUCCUGCGGGAACUCUUUCAGCAGGAAGGACAAGCUAGCCAACCACCUGAACACGUUCACGGACCACUCGCCUCUCUUCAACCUCCAUCCAGUCGACAUCCCCAUUCACCCCAGGCAGAAGCUGUACAAAAGGAAACAGCUAGAGACACAGCCAAAGCAGCCAGAGGCGCAGAUGAAGCAGCCUGAAGCCCAGAAGAAGAAGCUAGAGACCUCUCAGAAGAACGCCAGCCACAUCAGCCACGUGACAUCCACGGACCAGUCUCCUGCCAGUCACCUUGGGGCCUCUGCUAGCUGUGCUUCCGAGGGGAACCAUCUUUGGGGGCGAAACACCGCGGAGGGGAGUAACGCGAUGGAAAGGAAUGGUUCACAAGGGAAGGAGACCAGGAGAGGGUACGUGUCGCUGCUGUUGCAGGAGGCCGUUGGGUUAGAUCAAAUGGGCCCCUUGCACGCAGAGGGUUUCGAGUGA